AUCUUUGUAAACAGAAGUCUCCGUCUUGAUUCAAUUAGAUUCUUUGGCUUUGACAUGGACUACACUCUUGCACAAUACAAGUCUCCAUAUUACGAGGAACUUGCCUUUCGAAUUUUGCGCGACCGUUUGGUUGAGAUCGGAUAUCCCCAGGAGCUUGCUUCUUUUAAUUAUGAGCCUUCCUUUCCUGUUCGCGGUUUGUGGUUUGAUACGUUAUAUGGGACCUUGCUCAAAUUGGACCAAUUUGGAAACGUUUUGGUCUGCCUUCGAGGCUUCAAUGUCAUUCCACCGAGCGAGAUUCUGACGAUGUACCCAAACAAGUUCUUGAAGUAUGACGAGACGAGGAUUAUAAUAAUGAACACACUCUUCGAUUUACCAAAACUCUACCUUCUCUCCUGUGUAAUUCAUAUGUUUCACAACGAUUCUAAGUAUACAAAACUAGAUCACGGUGUAAAACUGGCUUCUAUCUACAUGUCUUAUCAUUCCAUCUACGAUGACGUUGACACUGUGUUUAAUUGGAUGCAUCAGGUAAUUCUUUUGAUCUAA